AUGUUUCGUCAAAUUUCUAUAAACACAGAACAUCGUUUUUUACAAAAUAUAUUAUGGCGAGAAAAUCCUCAACAACCCCUGCAGUGCAUUGAGUUAUCAACUCUAACUUAUGGUUGCAAUUUCUCUCCGUUUGUAGUGACAAGAGUAUUGCAAGAGAUUGCAAAUAAUAAUAGUUCCAAUUUCUCUUUAGCGGCAAACGCCCUCAUAUCCGAAACUUGCAUGGAUGAUAUAAUUUCAGGUACAAAUUCUGAACAUGAAUUGAUAAAAUUAAUUCAAGAAUUAAAAAUUGUAUUAGGAAAUCACGGGUUCAAUUUACAUAAGUGGGCCUCAAAUAACUCAAACGUUCUCGCUGAAAUUUCUGAUUCAAACAGUUCUUCUUUCUUACAAAAUCCUGAAAAAUGCAUUAGUCUUGAUUUAGAAAAUUCUCAAAAUAAAGUUCUAGGCCUAAAUUGGAUCCCAGCUUCUGAUAAUUUGAACAUUUCUGUCCCCACUACCUUUUCAAUAUUCCCCGCAACCGCAAAGAGAAAAAUUCUCUCAACCAUAUCGCGAUGUUUCGAUCCUCUUGGACUUUAUAAUCCCAUAAUAUUGUCUGGAAAACUUUUGGUCAAAGAAUUAUGGCAAGCUAAACUUGACUGGGACACAGAGAUAUCAGAUCCAGUCAUACUGGAAAAAUGGCAUACAUUCGUUAACAAUCUUCCUAAGCUAUCUCAAUUAACUAUUCCAAGAUUCAUUUUUUUGAGCAAAUCUAUCAAUCUCAUCGAAAUGCAUGGUUUCUCAGACGCGAGUCUGAAAGCUUUUGGCGCAUGCGUGUAUUUACGAACCAUUUAUUCUGACAAUUCUGUUUCCUGUAAUUUAAUUUCGGCAAAAUCGCGUGUAUCCCCCGUUUCUACCACAAUUACACUUCCUCGGCUAGAAUUAUCAGCCAUGCUCCUACUGUCUAAUUUAGUGGACAAAAUUUAUAAAAACUUUCAAACAAAGAUUAAUAUUAUUUCUGUAAAUCUCUGGUCCGACAGCCAGAUCGCUUUAUGCUGGCGCAAUGGUGAACCCAGCCGUUGGACAGUAUUUGUAGGCAACAGAGUUGCUAAAAUUCAAGCCAUAACUAAAGAUCUCAUUCAUGGAGGUAUGUAA